UAUAAAUACCGCUGCGGUGGCAGGAGGAGAACAGACGAGAUUUUGUCCUCAGUCAGAAUGCCCGAGCCAGCCAAGUCCGCCCCAGCGCCCAAGAAGGGCUCCAAGAAAGCCGUCACCAAGGUCCAGAAGAAGGACGGCAAGAAGCGGAGGAAGAGCAGGAAGGAGAGCUAUGCCAUCUACGUCUACAAGGUGCUGAAGCAGGUCCACCCCGACACCGGCAUCUCCUCCAAGGCCAUGGGCAUCAUGAACUCCUUCGUCAACGACAUCUUCGAGCGCAUCGCAGGGGAAGCCUCCCGCCUGGCUCACUACAACAAGCGCUCCACCAUCACCUCCCGGGAGAUCCAGACCGCCGUGCGCCUGCUGCUGCCCGGAGAGCUGGCCAAGCACGCCGUCUCCGAGGGCACCAAGGCCGUCACCAAGUACACCAGCGCCAAGUGA